AUGGCCGCCCGCCCGCCAACAAUCGACCGACAGUCCACGACCCCCUUCCACCUGAAACUCUUCUACCGACUCAACAACUACCACCACCUCUCCGACUUCGCGCCGCCCUCUCCCUCCUACCAUUCCUACCACGGCCCAACCAGCGGGCCCAACGCGAUCCGCGCCUCAGCCCGCAGCCCACCACCCGCAACACCGAGCUCUCUCCCCCCGCACCUCCAAAUCUACACCUGGCAAUCCUGCACCCUGCGCGAACUCUCGCAACUACUUACCUCCGCGCUACCCAACCUCCUCCCCUCCCCCUCCAUCGGCACCCGCAUCUGCUUCCGUCUCAUCUACCCCGACACCAAAGGCGCCGCGAUCCACGGCCCCGAAGCGCGCGGCCGCUACCUCGCGCGGGACUUGGGGAGCGUGGUCGUCGGCGAAGAGCAACAAGUUCAUCCCGACGAUGAGAACGCUGCAGGAAAUGCGGUUCAUCAUUGGCGAUUAUGUCGACUGUGCGAUUUUGCCGCCGUUGGAGGAUGGGAGUGUUGCGCCGCCGGUGAAUUCGGGGCGCGGCGGCGCGAUGGGCGGUGGCAUGAGGGCGUUUCCGAGCGAGAGGGAGAGGUUUAG